UGGGGAUGUAUAUAUAUUGUCAUACUCUAGAAUCAAUCUUAUCCUUUGAAAAGUAUGGGGAACACAAUUGGAGGAAGAAGGAAAGCAAAGGUAAUGAAAAUCAGCGGGGAGACCUUCAAAGUAAAGACCCCGAUAAGGGCAUGGGACGUAGUGAAGGACUACCCAGGUCAUGUCCUAUUGAACUCGGAAGCUGUGAAACGUUUUGGCGUGAGGGCCAGGCCACUGGAACCAAAACAAGAAUUGAAACCCAAGAAAAUAUAUUUUCUUGUCGAACUCCCCAAGUUUCCGGCGGAGGAAGAAGAAAAACAAGUGAAAAGAAGAGUGCGGUCGGGUAUUCAAGUGAGUGCCAAGGACAGGCUCGAGUGCUUGAUGCUUUCACGGCGGUCGGUGUCGGAUCUUACGAGUGUUAGGGAAUCGUCGACAACGUCGAGUUCAUCAUCGGAGGGUCCGGUGCGGAUGAAGAUGAGGCUGCCGAAGGCUCAAAUGUUAAAACUGGUUGAAGAGAGUAAGGAUGACGUGGAAAUUGCUGAGAGGAUAAUAGAGCUUUAUAUGGUUAAUAAUGGUGGAAAGGUCGAAGGGCAGAUGGUGGAGAAGGAAGAAGGCGUUUUGCAGCGGAGGCGUGGUGGUGGCAACCUCAAGCCGCGUCAUGAGAAGCGAGUGAGUUUUGUCCCUGUGGAAGAAGAAGAAAUUCGUUUAGAUCUAGCCCCUCAAUAGCUAGCGCUAGCGCAUGCAGUCAAUCAUGAAGUAUCAAAAUUUGCAGACUUCAUUUUUGGUGCCUUGAUUUGUAUAUAUGUAACAUAUAUAUUUGCAAUAUAUACAAUAUUAGCUCCUGUAAUUGUUUUUCUCUUUGUAUAAUAUAGAGACCGUUCUAUGA